GUGCAUGCAAAACUGACAAAACAGUCUUUCGAUUGCAUAGAACAUUUGUGGAAUUAAUCAUGAAGUGGAUUCUCUGCUCCGCGAUAUUGUUCGUAGUUUGUCUCUUUUAUCUCGAAGCAAGACCUCAAGCACCGCGAAGAGAUGAAAGUUACCCGCCGAGGGAUGUUUUGGAAGAGUAUCGCCCACUGAGAAUGCUUUGCAUGCAAGAAAGUGGAGCCACGGAAAAGAUCAUCGAAGAGUUCAGUGACGGCGAUCAUCUGUCGCCAAUCGAAGACAGGGCUCUUAUGUGCUACAUGAACUGCAUUUUCCACAAGGCUGAGGUGGUUGAUGACACAGGUCAUGUGCACUUUGAGAAGCUGCGACUCAAAGUGCCGGAAGACCUGAAAGACAUUGGGCACAACAUGCUGUCCCAGUGCGAAAAUCCCGUCGGAGCUGAUCUCUGCGAGAAAGCGUAUUGGCUGCACUUGUGCUUCAAGCGAGCCGAUCCUGUCCACUACUUCCUCGUCUAAUGGACUCUAAGCUCGAUGGGAUGCUCUCAUAGGUCAAUGAAAUCUCGCAAUUCUAUAUCAUUUUUAUUACAAUGACACAAGAAAUAGUUUAGAAUAUAUUGUAACCUGCAUUCAAAA